AUGCCGCCGCUGCCUGUGCGGGAAAUCACCCGCGACGUAUGGAGUAGCAAUCUAGAAGAUGCAAUGCGGGAUCUUCGCCGUCUCGUCGACGCGUAUCCUUACAUCGCCAUUGAUUGCGAGUUUCCAGCCGUCGUGGCGCGUCCGAUUGGCAAGUUCAAGACGUCGACAGACUAUCAUUACCAGACAAUGCGCUGCAACGUGGAAAUACUCAAGCUCAUCCAACUCGGCAUCACCCUCGUCAACGAAGACGGUCAAGUCGCCCAGGAUUGUACAUGGCAGUUCAACUUUUACUUUAACACCGAUGAAGACACGUAUGAACCAGCGAGUAUCGACGCCCUCUCCAAAGCUGGUCUGGAUUUCGCGCGACACCGCACAAAUGGCAUUCAGCCUGGCGACUUUGCUGAACUAAUGAUCACAUCCGGUCUUGUCCUUUCAGACGAGACAAUAUGGAUAUCUUAUCACGGGGCCUACGACUUUGGAUAUCUACUAAGAAUGCUUACCGGCGCUCCAUUACCACUCACGGAAGAAGAGUUUUUCGACAUUGUCAAGAUUUGGUUCCCUCGCGUCUACGACAUCAAGUAUAUGAUGCGGCAGAUAAAGCCUCAGCUCAAGGGCGGCCUGCUCGAAAUCUCUCAAGAUCUCGGUGUAUCGACAGGAGUGCUCGUUGGACCAAACUUUACAUCCGGCUACGCCUCGUUCCUUGCCGCGACGACCUUUCAUCACAUUCUCAACCAAUAUAUCGCCCCCUCUUCUAGUCGGUGGGAUCUCUCCGCCUUUUUGGGCGCACUCUACGGUCUGGGGAGCACUUAUGUCUCUGGUGUGCUCGACAAUUCCAAGUCGACACUCACGUCUGCAGAGCGUGAACGACCCGGAACUGUUAGUCACGGUAUGGGCUCUGGAGCAGCUGGACUGCACUCGUCGGCACUCGCAUCACUCGCGGGCGCCGGGCUGGGUGGCGUGUUGAGCGGCGGGCAAAGUGUCAUGGGCCACCAAAGUGGACAACAAGCGCAGCAUCUCGGUGUGGGUGUCGGUGCACUUGGGUCGACAUCUGCCCAGCAUUAUCUGAACCAGGUUGCCGCUGCUGCCGCUGCGGGUGGGGGACAUGGCGUUGGAGUAGGUGGGAUGGGUGUGAUGCCGUUACACCACCAACAUGCGCUGCAUGGGCAUCAUCACCAGUCGCAUCAUCAUCAUCCACAUGGGAGCUCGAGUUUACCUGGCCUGGGGCUCGGCUCGGCGGGCGCGCUAGGUGGGCUUGGUGUGGGACAUUUGUUGAGCGGACAGCAUCAUCAGACUCAGCAAGGGUCUGGCUCUGGGAGUAGCCAGGGUCAGCAAGGGUCUGGUGGACAGCAAGGUCAACAAGGUCAGCAACAGGUCUAUGGGAUGGUACCCGGAGUCAACUCGUACGUGCCCGGGUAUGGAUUGGGUGGGAUGGGUGUAGGAUUGCCUGGGUAUGGUGGUGUUCAUAACAUGAGCCACUUUUACACCCGCGAUCGCUAG